AUGGGGCAAUCGGAGCCCGCGACUACAUGCGGUGAGCUCUUAGGGCGUGAAGAACGCCCGUCAGGGUGCGCCACAGCUCCCGGACCACAAGCGUGCUUGCGCCGAUCGCCGCGGCUCCAGAUCCUGCGCGCAAGUGCCGCCUCAAGCCUCGGACAGCCUCGUCAAGCUGCCCCGCAGCAGCAGCGCCACCCUCCGCGGGCGCAGCCAACACGGGCGCCAGCAACGCUGCGAGCUGGUCCGCCGCGUCCAAACACGUGUCACGCUGGCGGCCGCGGAAAGUCUCAGGAGGAAUCACGGGGAGGGACGAGUGAGCAAAUACUUGAAUCAGCAGCAACGCGUGGAGACUCUCCGCGAGUCGGUGGAGCUGGCCAAGUGUCGCCUCGGGAACACGCGUCUGCGGAGGCUGAAGUGCCUCCGUCAGGAACAGAAGCGGCUCUUCCGCAGCAACAUGGUGAGAAUACUGCGCCGACGAGCCACCACCCGCAGCAACAAACUCCACUCCCGCAACAGGCGGAACCGGCGGCAGAUCAAGACGGGAACCGGGAGGAGGUGCCGAGGCGGCGGGAGCAGGAGCCAGCGGGAAGUGAACCGGAGGCGGGGGUGCGGCGACAGGCGGCGGACUCACGGGGAGCACAGCCUGUCGAGGAGCCUCAAGGGCGGGCGAGGCGCGCAUCGAACUACUCUGGCUCUGCGCUGCCCUCUCCUCACGCACUGCCCUCGAGACUUCCCGCUGUAGAUCUGCCAUCGUCACAGGCGGGCGAUACCCCCCACCACCGCCACGCCCGCGGUGACCCCUCCAGUCCCCCUGACCGCCGGGUUGGGCAGGCCAGUGAGUUUGCUGUUGGUAGCGCCGUGGAGAGUCUCGCCGGCGCCGAGACGUCGCGUGCUCCUGAUGGUGCGCGGGGGAAUGGGGGCGAGAAGGGCGGCGGUCAGGCGACGGGGGGCGUGACGGCUGACCUGCCAGGGCCGCCGGUAUUGCCGCAGGCGUGGACUGGCCCGCCGCUGGGGGCGCAACCGACGGAGCCGGGCCGCCAGUGGUGGCGGACGCCGCCUUCGGCGACGAAACAGACGCCGGAGCAGGCACGUCGGGGACAGAAGCGGGCGGUGCAACGGGCGCGCCAGGGACAGGAACAGGGGGAUCAGCAACACCCCCAGCAGGAGCAGACACAGGCGGCUCGACAAAGAGAGCCAGGGGAACAGGAACAGCAGCCAGAGCGGACGGAGCAACAGCAGGAACGGACGGGCCAACCCUUGACACGGCAAGGGGAUCCGUGGGUGCGUGGGGAAGAGUCUUUUCAGCGUCUGCUGUCACGGGCCUCGGAGCCGGCGGUACAGGGGGCUUCGUCGCCGUGGUCGCCUUUCCGGGCCCCGACUGAGGCUGGGCGACCACAGCUGACCAGGCGGCAGCGCGCUCUGGCGACGGCUGAGAUGAACCGGCAAUCACCAUCUGGAGAGCGGGGAGGUCGCGGAGCUAGGAGGCAGGUUACUAGCGGGACGGGCGGAGGUCCGGAGAACGGGUAUCAAGCAGCAGCACGAAUGGCUUUAACGGCUCUGGACGCAACUAAUGAGGAAGACGAGCUAAGGGACCCAUCUUAUAGGGAAGAAUCCCUCCCUCCCAGCGAAGACGAGGGGAUUGAGGACGAAGGCAGUGCGAGGGAGGCAGCGGGAAGAAGAGUAGCAGGGUUGCGUCCGCGCUUCUUUGGCAAUGAUGCAUUGGCCUCCGGCAAGCAGCUCAAGGCAUGGCGCAACGAGGAGAUCGCGCGGAACGUGAACCUCGCACGCAACGUGAACCUUGCUCGCGCUCACAAUGUUAACUUUGGGUCGUACCGCCCCAAUGUCACGGCGGCGUUCCUGCAGGCGUUCGAGCGCCACCCCGUGAGCGGCAAGUCCGUGCUCGUCAUCGGCAGCCAGAGGCCGUGGGUGGAGGCGAUCUGCCUCAUGUUCAAUGCCAGCAUGAUCACGACCGUUGAUUUCAACAAGCCUGUCUCAUCACAUCCGAAGCUGCAUCUGAUUACAAUGGAUGAGCUGGAGGGCAUGGAGGAGGUCUUUAACGUGGUGGAUGAGCACGACAGGCUGGGGCGCUAUGGCGACCGCAUCAACCCCUUCGGCGGCAUGCAGCACAUGCAGAACGUGAGAGGAGCGCAUGCAGAAGAUGCGUGCUGCCUUCUACUUGCCGCCACGAUGUUGCCAUCGCCCCCUUCUUUUAUCUGA